AUGGAGGAUGUUCUUCAAACUGGCCCGGAGAACAAGCCUGGGCAAGAGCUCCUGGAGGGCCCUGCCUGGCUCCUGCCUAGACCUUCCCAGAUGGCCCCCGAGGGGUGCAACAAGGAGGAGGCAUCCGAGACUGCUUCUCUUACUUCCUCUGUCUCGCGCCGCCCCUCAGCAGCCCGCCCUCCUCUGCCUGGUGCCAGGAGGCUGUUUUUCCAUUCGCCGGCGAGAAAGUUCCACCGUUUCUUUCUUUCCUUUUCUGGAGUUAACUUUGUCUUCAAAUGCCUGUACUUCAUCUGUAGCCGCCCGGAGUUAAGUCUUUUUCCAACUGUGAAAAAAUGGCAUAACCAUGCUCUGUCGUCCGAUGUCCUCCUGCCUGCACGCCUUCCCAGUUUCUCCAGAAGCCAUCGAUUCUGUGCUCUUCUGCCUCCUCUUAAGCAACCCAUCCCUAGCGCACCAGUCACCAUGGCGGCCUUGAUUGCAGAGAACUUCCGCUUCCUGUCUCUCUUCUUCAAGAGCAAGGAUGUGAUGAUUUUCAAUGGGCUGGUGGCCCUGGGCACGGUGGGCAGUCAGGAGCUGUUCUCCGUGGUGGCCUUCCACUGUCCCUGCUCACCUGCCCGGAACUACCUGUAUGGGCUGACAGCAAUUGGAGUGCCUGCGCUGGCGCUCUUCCUCAUCGGAGUCAUCCUCAACAACCACACUUGGAACCUGGUUGCUGAGUGCCAGUAUCGGAGGGCCAAGAACUGCUCUGCUGCCCCCAACUUCCUCCUCCUAAGCUCCAUCCUGGGCCGUGCCGCUGUGGCUCCUGUCACUUGGUCUGUCAUCUCCCUGCUUCGAGGGGAGGCCUACGUCUGUGCUCUCAGUGAGUUUGUGGACCCCUCCUCACUCACAGCUGGGGAUGAAGGCUUCCCCCCAGAUCAUGCCACAGAGAUCCUAGCCAGGUUCCCUUGCGGAGAGGGCCCCACCAAUCUGUCGGGCUUCCGAGAUGAGGUCAGCCGCAGGCUCAAGUACGAGUCCCAGCUCUUUGGAUGGCUGCUCAUCGGUGUGGUAGCCAUCCUGGUGUUCCUGACCAAGUGCCUCAAACACUACUGCUCGCCACUCAGCUACCGCCAGGAGGCCUACUGGGCUCAGUACCGCACCAACGAGGACCAGCUGUUCCAGCGUACAGUAGAGGUGCAUUCAAGGGUGCUGGCUGCCAACAACGUGCGCCGUUUCUUUGGCUUUGUGGCUCUCAACAAGGAUGAUGAAGAGCUGGUCACCAAGUUCCCGGUGGAAGGCACACAGCCACGACCACAGUGGAACGCUAUUACUGGGGUCUAUUUGUACCGUGAGAACCAGGGCCUCCCACUGUACAGCCGCCUGCACAAGUGGGCCCAGGGUCUGACAGGUAAUGGCACAGCCCCUGACAAUGUGGAGAUGGCCCUGCUCACCUCCUAGAAGCCUGCUUCUUUGCAAGUGGAAGUGCUUAGUCCCAAACUAACAUUCACAGCAUGCUCACCUCAGCAUCAGGUGAUUUUUUUUUUCAGGCACAGACCAAGGGGACAGAAAACUAAUAGUGUAAAGAUCCUGUGGACCACAUGGCCCAGAGAUUGGGGGUGGGGGGUGGUAGGGGUGGUGAGACUGACUUCCCAGACUUGCUGAAAUCAUGUCACCUGCAGCCACCAGUGGGCAUGGUUCACAUCUACAGGUUAAGAUUUUUCUAGAGCUGGUCCUUAACUAUGACAAGGAUGACCUUUGGUGGGCCUAAAGCUGAGAAGCAUCAGCUGGUGGAGCCUGGUGACAGUAUAGCCCACUGUGGGAGCUCGUUGAAUACUUUGUGCAGUUAAUUUGUGUCUAAUUGCAUAGGGGCGCCUAGCUUCCUGGUGUGUGGUAGGAAGCUGCCUCCACUGUAUACCUCUGGCUUGAUUUUAUACAUUUAAACUUUUUGA